AUGGAGUUGAGCCAGUUUAUUGGCGAGGAUCUCCCUCUCCCACCCGCCCGACUCUUCGAACGUCUCGGACAUCUACCUGGCUAUACCUGGGAUCUGUCGACCGAGCCCUUUCACUCCACAUACAACCACUGGCAUAUUUAUGGAUUCCAUCAUGCUGUUGAAAAUGAGCUCUCCACUCCUAUCGCAACCUCUUCCGGCCCCGCUUCGACUGGCCCUACCUCAUCCGGCCCUUCGAGCCUCACUCGCUACUCGACUCGAACGGAACUUAGACCGCGUCUGUUAAAUCGCAGAACUAGUAUGAGCGAGGCAAGCAGUGAUUUUUCUGUAUCCAGAGGGGGUGAGCAGGAACAGGUAUGGAUCCCCGUCGUCGCACGUGUUUCCACAAAUGUCAUUCGACUCGAGCGAGAGUUUCAUAUGCUGAGGUCGAUCGUGCAAUCAUCGGAUCCGGAUUGUAUCAACACAAUACGGCCAAUCGAUCUGAUAAGACUACCCCCGGAACCUGGAGAUGACGGUACGCUUUUGGUAGCGAUCUUCGAGUCGCCAGGCCAUGAUCAUCUGAGAGAUUUAGUCACAUUUGGCCCUGCAUCAUUUGUCGCGGGGCGUAAGGGGGACAACAACCAGACACCAAACGAACAAGUUCCCCUUCCCACCUUUUUCGACUUCGCUAUUGGUGCAUGCGAUUGCUUGGAAAUCCUUCAUUAUGGCUUGAAAACGGUACACGGGGAGAUACGUGGAGAUGCGUUUCACUUCUGCGCAGAUAAUGGUGCCGUGAAACUGGCAAAUAUCGGCAACGGUGCACGGGCAUUUGACAAUGUUCUCAGCGAAGGCUGGUCUUCGGUUUCAAGGGAGCUGGGUGCCAAGUAUAAAUUGCAGUUCAUUGCCCCGGAACAGACCGGCAGGAUGCCGACAGAACCAGACAGCCGCACGGACAUAUAUGCGUUAGGACUUUUCUUUUGGUCCAUGCUGGUAGGGAAACUGCCUUUCGAAGGCAGUGAUCCCGUUGAGGUCGUUCAGAGCGUCCUAGGCAAAAAAUUACCUCCAAUCUCUUCGAAAAGAAUGGAUAUACCUGAUGCACUUUCCGCUGUUGUCCAGAAGAUGACGCAGAAAGUUGUCCAUGAUCGCUAUCACACAAUUUCCUCCGUCAAGCGAGACUUGUCGCAGAUUGCACAGUUGUUAGGUGAUGGCGAUAGCGAAGCCCUGAACAAGUUUCAAAUCGCGAAACGUGAUGUAUCAUCAUUCUUCACCCUCCCUUCUCGAAUGUUUGGCCGAGAAAAAGAGCACGACCAGAUCAUGACCGUGGUCGAAAGAGUCAAAAAGCGCCAGACAUCUGCAGCAGCAAAAGCAUUAAUGCAGAGCCCCGGAGCAGCUCACGCUCUUGCUUCUGUUUCUUCUGUUUCAGACGGCCGCGUGGAUAGCUUCGACCUGGCUUCUGUUUCCAGUGAUUCGGGGUCUUUCCAUCUUCCCCCACGCACAAACUCGACCGCAACUAAUUAUCACCUCACAUCUGUCAAUACUCACAAUUCUUCGGGGCAAGAUACACCAAGCCAGUCAUCCGUCAUCCCAAUUACGAGCAAAAUGAAAAGCCCUUCUAAUUCUCGGGCUUCAUAUCAUACGGAUAACCAGAGCCACCCCUCCGGUGGCAGUCAUCAGUCAAGUAAUGUCUUCAGCCAGACAGAUUCGUUGAACUCUAUGAAUAAACACAAAGCUGGGGCAAAGUUCUGGCGCAAUGGACGAUGCGAGUUGAUCACAAUCACUGGCCCGGCUGGAAUAGGAAAAACAGACCUAGUCAACCGAGUACAACCAAAUAUUCGCAAAAGCGGCUAUAUUGCCAUCACUCGCUUGGACAAAGCUAAGCGUGUGCCUUUCGAGCCUUUCGCCAAAGUUGUAGCCAGCCUUCUGCGCCAGAUCUUCUCUGAGGGAGAUGUUAUGACUGAUUAUCAUAACACCAUUCGGGCUGCUUUGCGACCGAUGUGGCCAACCCUUCAUCGCGUGUUGGAACUCCCCGAGCAACUGAUGUCCCCUGGUGCGAAAUACAAGCCUUCACCGAAGAUGCCUACUCCUCAGCUGGUCAAGGCGGAUGUGGUCAGGAGUGGUGAGCCUUCAAAGCAUGUCAACAUCCCGUGGUUGGACCAGGGACAAAGCUCAGCAGAUUUCUUCUUGGCAAAUGCUGCGUCCAACAACAUGCGCCUGAUGGAUGUUUUUAUUGAGAUUCUCAAAACUCUUUGCCAGUUCCGGUUGAUCACGAUAUGCCUGGAUGAUCUCGAGUAUGCAGAUGAUGAAACCAUGGAUUUGAUCCUGAACAUCAUUCGGGCGAAAUUGCCCUGCGUUCUUAUUCUGAGCAGUCGCAAAGAUGAGAUUCCUUCGGAUGAUAUUCGGGCGUUGUUUGAUAUGGAUGGCUCCAACGCCACGCGAAUUGAGCUUCAGCCACUUGGGGAGGACGAUAUCAUGGAGUUAGUGGCGGCGACAAUGCACCAGGAACCCAACCCGACGCUGACACCACUGAUGGCUGUCGUCCAAGAAAAGAGCCAGGGUAAUCCUUUCUACGUGAGAGUGAUGCUGGAAACAUGUUACCGCAAGAACUGCAUCUGGUAUUCAUGGAAGGACUCAAAGUGGGAGUUUGAUCUUGACCGGAUUUUCACCGAGUUCGUGGCGCCUGUUUAUGGAGAAGGCCUGGGACUAGGCUUCCUCACCAAGCGCCUUGAAGAAAUUCCGGUCGCUGCACGGUCAAUCCUGGUAUGGGGUGCUCUUCUUGGCAGCCCAUUCUCUUUCUCUCUGGUCCAAAGGCUCCUGACAAGUGAAUUCCUUUUCUCGUCACACGAUGAUGAGGACCUUGAUCUCACAUCACCACAUAAUGAUACGCUAAUCAGGCAAUCUGAAGGGGAUAUUGUCGUUGGCCUACAAUACUUGGUCCAGUCAAACCUUCUGAACACAGGCAAAACAGACGAUGAGUUCAAGUUUGGCAACGACCGGCUUGCGCAGGCUGCACUUCAAUUGAGCGAAAGUCGUAACGUGGAAAAGAUGCAUUUCAUUGUUUCUCAAGCCUUGAUGAGAUACUAUCAUGACCACCGCAGCCGUUACUCCAUGGCACACCAUGUAGCGCUCGCCUCGCGUACGAUCAAGUCUUCCGUUCGUCGACGUGUUGACUACCGACGCAUCCUUUGGGAAGCUGGCCAGACGGCUGCCCAGUCUGGUGCACGACCCACUGCCCUUUGGUACUUCCGGCAUAGCAUUGCACUCCUUCAAGACAACCCAUGGGAUGACCGCCAAGCCGAUGUCUUUUAUGACGAGACCAUGCGUCUUUUCAUUGCCGCGGCUGAAAUGUCAUGGUCCCAAGGCCAUAAUGAAGAAGCUCUUACAUUGAUAGAAGACGUCUUCGUCCAUGGCAAGGACGCGGUGAGCAAGUCGAGAGCCUGGGUCAUCAAAGCCAAGAUCUUUGCCCAACUAGGAAACCAUCACCGCUCAAUGGAAGCCUUGCUUACCUGCCUUGAUGAGCUUGGCGUCCAUCUUCGUACGCCAACUACCUUCGAAGAAUGUGACGUCUCUUAUCUGAAGCUCAAGUCGUAUCUUGAAGCAGCAGAUUGGGACACUAUCGCCCGGAAGCCUCCCAGUAAGGAUCCUAACCUCAUCACCAUUGGUGCCGUUAUGGCCGAAGCGAUGGCCGUCACUUUCUGGGAUGAUGCCUUGACCUUUUACCGAAUGGCAAUUGAGAUGAUGAACAUACACAUCUUUCGAGGCGGUUUCACCCAAGUCUCAAUCGGCUGCUCCCAUCUGGCUAUGAUCUCCCUUAGCCGCUUUAAAGAUCUUGUCUUUGGGGCAAAGCUCAGUGAUUUCUCCCUUUCCCUCCUCGAGCACUGCCCAGAAUUAUGGACCCAGAGCAGGGGAUCCAUCGUCCACAGCCUCUAUGUUAGCCAUCUGCGCAUUCCCUUGGCUUCUACAUUACCAGCGCUCGAAGCCUCGCUAGAGGCGUCCUUUACAAUAGGUGAUCCAUAUAUUACACUGAUCAGCAUCUCAUCAAUGGCCAUGACGAGGCUUUAUCUAGGCCAAGACAUGGCUCAACUGGAGCUAUUCUGCAUGGAAACUCCUGAAGACAUACCUAAUUGGGCUCAGGACACCCGGGGCGGUGCUAGUAUAAUCGCUGUUCGACAAGUGGCACGGGCCCUUCAAGGCAGAACUGAGUACCACAGUGCCGAUAAUAUCCUUUCAGAUGAAGAACACCACACGAGUACCUACAUGGCUUACUUGAAUGCCAACGCCAGCAAUGUCGACAGACCUCGCGACAUCUACUAUGGUCUCUCAAUGAUCCCACUUUUCCUGUAUGGCCACCACACCCGAGCGAUCCAAGUGGGGACUAGUUUGCUUGAGACGACACACAAACUGUGGUCUGUGCGUGUGACCUACAUCAUCUACUUCUACCUGUCUGUUGCACUCUUGACGCUCCACAACGAUAAUCCCGCCCAGGGAUACCUCGAUGGGAAAAUGGACACUGUACUCAAGUACAAGGCCGAGAUUGAUUUCGCUCGGAGCUGCUCAGAUGCAAAUUAUGGAAUGUGGGCAUUGUUACUUGAUGCCCUUAUCUCCGAGGUUCGAAACGACCACAGCUCUGCAAUCCAAGCAUUCGAGGCUGCCAUUGAUCACUGCCAGAUUCACGGCUGGCCUCUUGAGGAAGCACUCGCCCUUGAGUUGCAGGGCGAGUUCUUGAUCAGGCGCGGAGCUAAGCGGGCUGCUCGUGCAAUGAUGCAAGAUGCUAUCGCUGCAUGGAGCUCUAUCAGUGCCAGUGGAAAAACAACGAUGCUUGCGGAGAAGCAUGAAUGGCUGCUUAAGACCGCCACUUCGGCCAGAACCAUUGAUGUUGGCUGCCAAACCAUUGACUCGCUCGCUGAAAUCACCCGUGACGCCGUGCAAGAGGAAAUUGUGCCUUCGCAGAUCGAAGACAAGGAGAGACGACAACAGUGGAUUGAACAGAAUGGUGUCACGGCUGGCGAAAGGUCCAUGGACAUUUCGAGUGUUGGACUCGACAUCAUCGAUUUGUCCAGUAUACUCGAAUCGAGCCAAGUCAUGUCGUCCGAGCUUCAGAUUGACAAGCUCUUCAUUAAGAUGCUUGAGAUUCUCUUGGAGUCAUGCAAUGGUUCCGACUUUGCCGUCAUUGCUUCAGACUUUGAGGACCAUGGGUUUGCGAUUGCCGCAGCUGUGGAUGCCGAAAAGGGACAAAAGUACUACGCUGAUGGUCUCCCUUUCUCAGAAAUGGAGAGUUUGAUGGCUCAACAAAUCUCGCACUAUGUGAUGCGCACGAAGGAAGAAGUUCUUGUUCACAACGUGCUUGACGACGAGCGCUUCUCCAACGUGGCGGAAUCCUACCAGGCUAAUUACCCGCUGGGCCGAUCUGUCAUCGCUCUCCCGAUUGUUCAAGGCGAUCACCUUCUUGGAGUGAUCCAUUUGGAAGGCAAACCGAACUGGUUCACGCAGCGCAAUGUUGUCGUUCUGCACCUGCUUUGUAACCAAAUCGGAAUCUCGCUCUCAAACGCUCUGCUCUUCCGUGAGAUCCGUAAGGUCAGUGCUAAAAAUGCAUCGAUGAUUGAAUCUCAGAGACGUGCCCUUGCACAAGCACGGGAGUCGGAACAGAAAGCGAAAGUGGCAGAAGCAGAGGCCAAACAUAAUGUCAAGCUGAAGGAAGACGCUGCUCGAGCCAAGUCUAUCUUCCUUGCCAACAUCUCCCAUGAUCUGCGCACUCCGAUGAACGGCGUGAUUGGACUUUCUGAGUUGCUCAAGGGUACUAGGCUGAACAAGGAGCAAGAUGAAUACGUUGAGUCUAUCCGUGUUUGCGCCGACACGCUACUCACGCUCAUCAAUGACAUUCUCGACUUCUCCAAACUGGAGGCUGGCAAAAUGAAGAUCUCUACCGUUCCACUCAACCUGAAAGAGACGAUCUCGGAGGUGGUUCGUGCCCUUCGCUAUACUCACCGUGAGCGAGGCUUAAGUACCAUUGAGGAUCUGGAACGCGUGCCACCGGAGCUUGUUGUUCUUGGCGACCCUGUUCGGCUUCACCAGAUCUUCAUGAACUUGCUCAGCAACAGUUACAAGUUCACGCCCAAAGGCUCUAUCAUCGUCAAAGCGAAAGUUGCUCGUGAGGGCAAGGGUCGUGUACGCCUAGAAUGCUCCGUCGCCGACACUGGAAUCGGCAUUCCCGAAGAGCAGAAGGCCCGCCUUUUCCGGCCUUUCUCGCAGGCUGACCCCUCCACCGAACGAUCAUACGGUGGCAGCGGACUGGGAUUGAGCAUUUGCAAGGCCAUUAUCGAGGAUGUCCUCGGUGGGGCAAUCUGGCUAGAGUCCGAGUCCGGUGUUGGCACCACGGUUACAUUCCACCUGGUCUUCAACAAAGCACCCAAGAAAACCGCAGUCAAGACGCCCUGGUCCCAGGACUUGAACCAGGCACAACAUAACAAAGACGGCAACCGGGCAAAAGCCCGCGAUCUCACUCAAAUUCCUCGCAACCAGAUCCGCGUUUGUAUCGCCGAAGACAACCCCAUCAACCAAAAGAUCGCGGUCAAAUUCGUGACCGGCCUCGGCCUCCAAUGCGAAGCCUACAGCGACGGGAGACAGGCCGUCGAAGCCCUCCGCGCCAAAUCCAAAGAAGGCAACCCCUUCCACGUCGUCCUGAUGGAUGUCAUGAUGCCCACACUGGACGGCUACAACGCUACACGCGAGCUUCGACGCGACCCCGAUCUAAACGUGAACGAAGUCCUCGUCAUCGCCAUGACAGCCAGUGCCAUUGAAGGCGACAGGGAGAAAUGUCUUGAGGCCGGCAUGAACAACUAUCUCCCCAAGCCAGUCCGGUCGCCCAUCUUGAGCGAGUUACUGGAUAAAUACCUUGCGCCGGUGCCUACGCAUCCGCGCACUCGUCUGGCCAUUCGAGAGAAGAGCUCUAGAGCAAGUCUUGGCCAUGAGGCCGGUACGCCGACUAGCUUUUCUUCGGGCUCCGAUGAUAUUCAGCGUGAUACUCAGCGUCCCUUGCCGAAGACGCCAGAUGACAAAUGA